AUGACUGUACUUCGUCCACUUACUCUCCAUGCUUACCUACAGUGCCUGUGGCUGUUACCCGCCGGUCAAAGAGGGAGCUGUCGUUUGAGGAAAGCCAACUAUGCACGAUUGGAAAAACUAACCAACGAAGGCGCAGACGGAAGACUGGAAGGUAAGACUCCGUACUUCGUUCACUUACUCUCCAUGCCUACCUACAGUACCUGUGGCCGUUACCGGCCGGUCAAAGAGGGAGCUGUCGAUUGAGGAGAGGCAACCAUCGACGAGUGGAGAAACUAACCAACGAAGGCGCGGACGGAAGACUGGAAGGUAAGACUCUGUACUUUGUCCACUUACUCUCCAUGCUUACCGACAGUGCCUGUGGCUGUUACCGGCCGGUCAAAGAGGGAGCUGUCGAUUGAGGAGAGCCGACCACCGGCGAUUGGAGAAGCUAACCAACGAAGGCGCAGACGGAAGACUGGAAGGUAAGACUACGCACUUCGUCCACUUACUCUCCAUGCCUACCAACAGUGCCUGUGGCUGUUACCGGCCGGACGAUUGGAGAAGCUAACCAAGGAACGCGCUGAAGAAAGACUGUAAGGCAUGACUUUGUACUUCGUCGAUUUACUCUCUAUGCCUACCUACAGUGCCUGUGGCCGUUACCGGCCGGUCAAAGAGGGAGCUGUCGUUUGA